AAGAUGGACGUAUACGAGCACCGCAGGAAAGAUUGGGAGGAUCUCAAUGUGUCGCAAGAGGAAUUGAAGAACAUAACUGACUGUCUAAAAAAGGAGGAGUUCCGCAAGUUGUUGAUCGAGUACGCGGAGGACGUGGCCGACCCAGAAAACAGGAAACUGUACGAGAAAGAGAUCACUCAGCUCGAGAAGGAGCGGGGCGUAGACGUGACGUUCGUUAACCCCGAGCCCGGUUACGUCAUUAAGACCAGCGUGAACGGCGACAGGAAGUGCUUUUUGAACAUCAGUAAGAACGACGUUGUCGCGCGUCCCACUAGUCAACCUUCCUACGAACAGGGCCACCGUGGCCUACAGUGGUCUAUUCCGUAUACGCUGAUACCACCUCGCUAUGACCUUGACAAGAAGAAUGUGCGAUGCGUGGUGUAUGACGUGGUCUUCCAUCCAGACACCAUCUACUUGGCAUCCAAGAAUGCGCGGUUUCGCGAGAUUGUCAAUAACACUGCUAUGGAUGGCGUAGAAAAUAAUUUUAAGGUGAAGUUGGACAGGAAAAAUUUGAAAUUUCCUAAGAUUAACUUCAAAGGAAUGGCUCAUCCUACAGUGAUCAGAAAACCUUCAGAAACACCACCUACAAAAUCAUUGGAUAUGGAACCAGAAAUCUAUCAGAAGAUAAUGUCCAGUUACGACGAAAGUUGCGAGAGUCAAUUAAAGCAGACGGAAGAAAAGCCGAAACGUGCCUCGCCAACCACCACUUAUUACAAGGACAAGCAACAGAAGCCUGCAGAUGAAAACUAUGUUACGCCUAAAUUUUCUAUGAAACAUCAGUCCGCUGUCGAAAUGGAAGAUUUUGUUUUAAGCCGAGACGCGAAGAUGUUUGCCGCAAUCCCCAAAAAAUUGGUGAUUACUAUAUAUUUGCCCUUGUUGAAAAGCGGCAAAGACACAACACUUGAUGUAUAUGAACAAUCUCUUACCUUGAAAAGCGAAAAACCUGCAAAAUAUUUACUGGAUCUUCCAUUACCAUAUCCUGUAGACGGAGAGAAUGGAAAAGCUAAAUUUGAUCCAAGGUACAAAAAAUUAGUUGUAACUUUACCAGUAAUUCGGUCAUUGGUACCAGUAAGUGACACCGAUAAAGCAGAUAGUGGAGUUGACAGUGAUCAAAACAGUGCUACGUUAAUAUCCAAGGAUAAUGUCCACGAAAAAAUUGUAUCUAGUAAAAAAAUAGAAUUAGUGAAAGAGUACGAAAAUGAGUACGAAAAUAUAGAAUUGGAUAAAAAAAGUGAAGUAAUAGAUAAGUGUGAAGAUACUGCUUUACGGACUAGUACUAAGACAGAAAUCAUUGAUAUAUUUAUGAAUCCUAAUAUUAAGUACAAUCUUCCUGCUUAUACUUGUAAUAUUUAUAAUAAUCAAUUAGCCGUUAUUAUUAAUGUAAAAAACGUGAAUCCAGAUGCAAUUCUGCAUAAAAUUUUAGAUAAUAAUGUAGGCAUACAUAUCUUGCUAACAUCUAUGGGUGCUGGAUUUUUUCCACAACAUUAUUCAUUGUGUCUUAAGAUAGGAAAUGGCUGUAUUGAACCAGAAACUCUUACAAUUGAACCAUGGGACAAUAACGUUAUUUUUAACAUCACAAUGAAGGAUAUUGAGAAUGUAACACAAUAUUUUGUUGGAAUAGAUACAGAAUUUAUGGAAGGGAAAGAUCUUCCUACAGUAGGGUCAUUUACGAGCAAAUUUAAAGAAUUAAUGUCCUCUCCAGAAGCUGAGCCUCAGGUAGAAAGGCAAAUAUCCGUACAAUCGCAAGACGAUGGUAUUGUUAUAAAUAUUAGUCCAAAUCAGCAGGAUUCUGAUGACGAAGAAGAGCAUGAGGAAAAUGCAAGAGUUAUGAAAUGGCGACAAGAGAAAAAGCACAUUGAGAAAGUUAGAUCAGUUUCAGAAAGCAGCGGAGAUGAAUUGGCAAGCAAUAGCAGCAAUGGCAGUGUGAGACAUUCGAAAGGAAUAUUAAAGUCACGUCGCGCUCGCGAUUUUUCACGUUCCAUGUCCGAAUCCAGUGCCGACGAAAACAGUCUACCUGCAUCAUGUACAGAUUAUCAGUAUGAUGAUCAUUACGAUUCCAUACAUGAUAUUAAUUCUGAAUCAGAUUGUUCCAGUUUGAAAAAGACUGUACGAUUUAAUGAUGUUGUUUCACGGCAGUUAUUUAGAUCUAAUUCGAGUAUUCUUGGGCAGCGAAAGAAGAACCAACGUAAACUGCGCAAUAAGAAACGCGCGCAUGAUCGCCGACUAAGCGAAAGUGAGAAUUCUGAAACCGAAGAGCGUGACAAAUAUAAAGUAGAUUAUAAGCGGCCUCCGAAUGAGGAAACUUCCGAGAACGUAAAACCCAUACUUGCACGAGAUAAACGAGAUUCGCAACAACAAAAAACCGCCAAUAUUGAAAUCGUGAAAUCGAAUGCUGACGAUAAACAUUCUUUACAUAAGCGUAAUUCUAGCUUUGAGGAAAAACUCACCGAAGAUGUUCAAGCCGAUACUUCGAUUAAAACGGCAAAAGAUGAAGUUCAAUUGGAAUUUAAAAAUGAUCUGAUAUUUGAUCUCGACAUGUAAAGACGUGAA